CCAACAAGUGCAGUUAUCUGGGAGCAACGUUUGGGACAAAUGUCAAAGAAUGCGCUCGUCUCCUCCCGGGCAUCCUGCGGACGCAAACUGGAAUAUAUUUCAAUAAUCCUCUGGAGGAGCAACUUUUGCAGAGCGGGCAGGCCAACGAGGCGAGGUGGGCUGGACGGGGGCCACAUGGCAGGAGCCCCAAGUGCAGCACGCAGCUUCAUUCGCAUCCUCUAGGUGCCACGGUGAGGCGCUUCCGUUCCCAAGCGGACUCUGAAAAGGUGGUGUGCCCAUGAGGUCGUCUAUGCUGGUCCUGUUGCUUUUCUUCAGUGCCCAGGCCGUGGCCUCCUUUGGGGAGAAGUCAGGCACCUCCAACGCACAACGGCGGGACUCAAACGCCGUCACUGCCGCCGCCCCUCGAGUGGACACCAAAGUCUUCAACAGGCGGCGCAGGCUCUCCCCCAGGGUGCUGUUCAGCGCCGGGCCGCCCGACGGUGAUCCCACCGGGUCCCAUGGCGGGCGCAGGAGCCGGCGGCGAGCGGGCCAGCCCCAGCACCGAGGCGUGUACUCCGUAUGUGAGAGCAUCAGCGUCUGGGUGGGCAACAAAACAAAGGCCACGGACAUUUCUGGCAACGAGGUGACGGUGCUGCCGGAUGUCAACAUCAACAACGUCAACAAGAAGCAGUACUUCUUCGAGACCACGUGUCACAGCUCCCACGAAGGCAACUCGGGCUGCUUGGGCAUCGACGCCCGACACUGGAACUCCCACUGCACCAACUCGCACACGUUUGUGCGGGCGUUGACGUCUUUUAAGAACCUGGUGGCGUGGAGGCUCAUACGCAUCAACGUGGCCUGUGUGUGCGUGCUCAGCCGCAAGUCGUGGCGACAAUGACCAGGCCAAAAGAAAGGACUUCUGCACAGAGUAAAUUAUUAGUAUUUUGCCAAAUUUCAGAGACUGCAUGAAAUGCGUAUAACGGCAGGCCUGGGUCAAAAACGGAUUCCCGACCCGUCGAAAUUUUGCAAAAUUUACGAUGGCUCAUUCAAACAGACACUUGCAAAAAAUCUUCAGAUCACUCACUGGGUUGUUCAAUUUUAGGCUUGGUGAGUGGAGAGGUACUCCAAAGAUCUACGUAUUUGUGUCAUAAGCGUCGCUCGUGCACAAUAUGUGCCCUCUGGCAUCCGUACUGUAGCAAGAAUAUUUCAGAAAAAAUAGAAACACACUGCAGGGUGAUAAAUUGACUUCUCUGUUCAAAAGGAAGGAAAAGAAUUGGCCAAGGAAAUCUACAUACUGAGAGAUUGCGAUUAUGCAAACAUUUCAAAUGCCAUUCGAUCUGCCGGCUGUGUAUGAAAAUGGUUCCGAAUAAUUGAAUGACGCAGAGUGUAAAACAAAAUGCAGCCAAAGAGAAGAGACUAUCCUCGGGAACAGCAGGUUUGAACUUGUCAUACAGGCAGCCAAGCAGACAGCACAGCCUCGACACAAUAACACAAGCAUACUGCAAGUGUCUUGUUUUUUGUUACUUGACCCAGGUCUGAUAUGAGGAAAACAUGUUAAAUAUAGUGUUUAUUAUUUAUUAAACAUGUAUAUUAUA